GGAGCGUGCGAUAUUUUGGAUGUACACAUAGAGUGCAUGCUCAUCGGUACUAUUGUUAAACAAGAAGAGAAACUGCGGGCUGCUUCUCACCCUGCUCUUGACUUUCCGACGUAGCCUCGUCUUUUCUGCAUUAUCGAUGGACUUAGUCAAACGUCGGCUGGUGUACGUCGCGGACGAGAAUGAGGUGCUGCUCGGUGAUCUCUCUGGUACGCCACCCACGCGGCAGUCUCGUACGUCACUGCUGAUGGUGCCCCUUUCGCCGCCGCUCUCCCAGCGGUCCUCCGGCACCAUUUCUCCACCGCCGAGGCCCGUAUUCACACAGGACGCGGCGCCCCCGCAGGUGGAUAGGAAGCUGUUGGUGUCGUACGACGGCUUUCUGCUCGCGGACGGCAGCGGGCACUUCGCAACGCCGCACAACGCGACGGAAGCGGCGCUCAUGCGCGAUGCCCUCAAGAUCUGCCGCGCGUACCUGAAACAGUUCUUGGCUGAUCAGCAAGAAGAAAGCGAUUCCUCAGAGUCGUUUAGCACAGCAGCCUCCAGCUCAACCUACGUGGAGGAGUCGGCGGAGUCGGAGGUGGAUGAGAGCAGUGAUGACUCUUCAGCGGCUCCGCGGUAUCGCCGCGCCAAGGCCGCUGCGGCCAUUCAACCCGCCGGACCUGCGCCGAGCCCAUCGAAGAUGACGGUGGCAGAACUGAAGGAGCUGCUGCGUGCGCGUGGCGUCCCUGCUGUGGGCAACAAGGCGAGUCUUGUUCUCCGCGCAAAGUCGCUGCUGGAGGACGAAAGAGCCGCUUCUCUGCUUGACUGUGGCACUGACGAGGCGACCGUCACCCCUCGGCCGUCGUCGCAGGCGACGUGCUCUCGCGACCACACCGUGCGCAACUCCGGUGCCUCCACCGCGUCGCGGGUGUCGACUCUAGCGUCGUCGUUGCUUGCCUCGCCGACGGCGCGCAUCAGCACGGAGGGCCGCGGCCUGUGGGGAGCGUUGGUGACGGCCGGCUCGCGCCUCUUUCGUGGCACUGCCCGUGGAUCUCUCGGCUUUGUGCACGAGCCGGCUGCGGGGCAGGACGAGGUGCCGCCGGCAAAGAGGCGACGCAGUGCGUGA